AUGGCGGAAAACGCAGCCAAGCGACUCAAGACCGAUAACGGCGCCGCCGUCGCCAUUGGCACCCACAACGGCCACUUCCACGCCGACGAGGCCUUGGCUGUCUACAUGCUGCGCACGCACAUCCCAACCUACGCCGGCGCCCGCCUAGUCCGCACGCGCGAUGCUAACCUCCUCGAGACCUGUCACACCGUUGUUGACGUCGGUGGCGAGUAUGAACCCGCCCGCAAUCGCUUCGACCACCACCAGCGCACCUUCUCAACCACCUUCCCCGACCGCCCGACCAAGCUGAGUAGCGCGGGGUUGGUGUACCUGCACUUUGGCAAGGCGAUCAUCGCGCGGCGCAUGGCCCAGGCCGAGGACAGCGAGACCGUGUCGCUGGUGUGGCGGAAGAUUUACGAAAAUUUCGUCGAAGCGCUUGACGCACACGACAACGGCAUCUCCUCCUACGACCCGGCACUGCUGGCCGCCGCCGGCGCGGAAAAGCGGUUCUCCAACGGCGCCUUCACGCUGGGGGCCAUGGUCGGCCGCUUCAACGGGUACUGGAACGACCCCGUCAUUGAGGACCCCGUGGCCGCGCAGGCCGCUGAGGACCAGCGGUUCGAGCUCGCUAGCCAGCGUAUCGGUGAGGAGUUUGACCGCGGUCUGGACUUUUUUACUCGGGCUUGGCUGCCCGCGCGGGAAGUGGUGGCCGAGGCCUUCAACGAGCGUCAGGAAUACGACAGUGAAGGCCGCAUUCUGGUGCUGAAGAAACAGUCCGCACCGUGGAAAGAUCACCUCUAUACCUUGGAAGAGGAGAAGGGCGAGGAGGGCAAGGUGCUGUACGUCUUGUACCCGGAGAAGCCCGUCCCCGGCGCCAAGUGGAGGAUUCAGUGUGUGCCUAGCGCUGGAGACUCCUUUGAGAGCAGGAAGCCGCUGCCCGAGGCAUGGAGGGGUUCCCGCGACGAGGAGUUGGAUGGCAUUACAGGAGUGGAGGGUGGUGUGUUUGUACACGCCUCGGGUUUCAUCGGUGGUAACAAGACAUUUGAGGGUGCGCUCGCCAUGGCCAAGAAGGCGCUCAAGAUUUGA